AUGUGGAAAGAAACCUGCACAACAGUAUUAGGACGGAAGAAGAAAGAAGACAAAGAAUGGAUCUCGACGGACACCUGGAAGCUGAUAGAGCAAGGAGAGGAGGAUGAUGAAGCAGAAGAUAAACCAGUGCAAGGAUGCUCAACGACAAGAGGAACUGAGCACAAUGUAUAAAACACUGGAUAAAGAAGUGAAGAAGAGUGCACGCAAAGACAAACGACACUUCUACGACACACUGGCAAGUGAAGCAGAACAGGCUGCAGGUAAGAGAGACCUGACAACAUUGUAUCAAAUAACCAGGUUGCUAUCAGGGAAGAGACCAACACAGAUGAAACCAAUAAAAGAUGAAGAAGGAAAUUUAAUUACAAAAGAAGAGAAACAGAGGAAACGAUGGGCCGACCACUUCAAGAAGCUCUUGAAUCGACCACCACAACCACCUGCACUUCGUCCAG